CUUACCCUUAGCAACACACCAAAUAAAAACUUACCGACCAUCCCGAAAGGAAGUCUUCAGGCACAAAAAUGGGUCUGGAUUACUAUUUGAUUUUAGGUUUAACAAAGUCAGCAAUUGAUGCAGACAUUAAAAAAGCGUAUAGGAAACUUUCACUAAAAUAUCAUCCUGACAAGAAUCAAGAAAUUGGAGCAUUUGCAAAAUUCAAGCAGGUAGCAGAAGCAUAUGAUGUCCUUGGUGAUCCUAAGAAGAAAGCUGUAUAUGACCAGUUUGGUGAAGAGGGAUUAAAAAGUGGUGUUCCUGAAGGAAGUGGUCAAACCGGUGCUUACACACAUGGAUAUGCAUUUCAUGGAGAUGCUCACAAAGUUUUCAAGAACUUCUUUGGUGGUGAUAACCCAUUUAAUGAAUUUUUUGAUGGUGUGGAUGGUGACUUGAGCAUGGGAUUUGGAGGUCUGCUCGGCAGAGGAAACAAGAAGCAAGACGACUCUAUUGAAAGGGAUCUUGUACUGACAUUGGAGGAAGUGUUUCAUGGUUGCACAAAGAAGAUGAAGAUUUCACGGAGGGUGAUGAAUGAAGAUGGCCAUACCUCAAGUGAAAGAGACAAGAUUCUAACAAUAACUGUCAAGAAAGGAUGGAAGGAGGGAACAAGGAUAACAUUCCCCAAAGAGGGUGACCAAGGCCCCAACAACAUCCCAGCCAACAUUGUGUUCAUUGUCCGUGACAAAGCCCAUCCUCGAUUCAAACGUGAUGGUAACGAUCUGAUAUUCACCGCCAAAGUUCUGCUGGGCAAAGCCUUAACAGGCUGCAGUGUGGAGAUACCAACGUUAGAUGGUCGUUUGCUCAAUAUUCCGAUCAAUGAUAUAGUCAGCCCUGGCUAUCAGAAGAUUGUUCCUGGAGAAGGAAUGCCAAUAUCUACAGAACAGAAUAAGAAAGGCAACCUUAUCAUCCGGUUUGAAAUUGAAUUUCCAAAGCAGUUGACACCGGAAAAGAAACAUCUUCUAAAAGAAGCACUUCUGUAAACAUAUUUAACACAUAGUUUUAAAAACUACAAAAAAUAAAACAUAAAAUGCGAGAAUAAAUUAAAUCGUUAUCACUCAUCAUCAGAGCAUCUUAAUCUUUUUCUUGAUUUGUAAAUACACAUUCUUAACAGAACAUCCUGGAAUUCACUUUAACGAACCAUUGUAUUUAAUAUUACCAGUCUUUUUGUAUAUAUUUAAGACUGAAUUUAAAAUGUGCACUGGAAUUUGUAAAUAAAGAUAUAUUUAAGGAAC